AUGAAGAUGGCUCGUUCUCAGCUCUUUUACCUCGCACUCAUUCCACUCCUCUCUGGAUAUGCUCAACCUCAAGAGAUUACCGGCAAUGACUUGACAAAGCUGCCUCAGUUUCCUCAUAAGCCCAAGACGUUCAUUCUGACGGAUAUCCUCAAUGAGCCCGACGACCAAAUGUCGGUGGUACGCUAUCUGACGUACUCAAAUGAGUUCGAUACCAAGGGCCUUGUUGCUACGACCUCCAUCAGCAUGCCAAACGAAACGCACCCAGAGGCUAUCGAGCUUAUUAUUAGAGCCUACGGUGAAGUUGUCCACAAUGUAAACAAACAUGUGCACCCCAACGCAACGUUCAGUCCUGCCGAGGACCUUUUGAGACUCGUGAGCUCAGGCCCAGUGGUUUACGGGCGACAGGCUCUCAACGAGUCGCUAAGCGACGGUGCCAAAUUGCUGGUUGAAACGCUCGAGGCGGGCUCAGACCCGUUGUUCGUCUCCAUUUGGGGCGGAGCCAACACCCUGGCGCAGGCGCUGCAGUUCAUCAGCACAGAGAGAACUCCCAAAGAAGCAGCUGAGCUUCGGUCUAGACUCCGCGUCUACUCGAUCUCGGAUCAGGACGAUGCUGGGCCACGUCCGGACUGGGGGAGCUGGGGUGGUCGGUACAACCGAGUCACGGAGGCCGAAGACAUCAACGAAUACGGAACAUCCAUGGAUACGGCCGUUUCCGUGACAGGCGUGGAUCACCAAAGCCACUAUGCCACUGUUUGGCGAUGGCGCGACGCCUAUCAAGACGACUUUGCGGCACGCAUGCAGUGGAACGUUACGGACAAAUUCGAAGACGCAACUCACCCACCUAAUAUCAAAGUCAAUGGGUCCAGUAGUCUCGAUGCCAGGGAGAUCUUUGUCCCGUACAAAGGUUCUGUUGUGCUGGAUGCCAGCGAGACCUACGAUCCUGAUCACCCAGAAGACUCGACUCACCUCGAGUUCGAAUGGUAUGCUUACAACACAGCUUCUAUUGCUUGGGCUAGUGCAUAUCUUGAGGGACUCAUUGAGAUACGUCCGCUUUCACCGCCAACCGGUACAGAUGGGUAUCUUGAGGUCAAUAAUGCAGGAUUCAGGAACGUCACGAUUGGUCCGAGUGUCCAGAUCGUGAACAAUGUGCCGCGCAUCUCGCAACUCGGGGGAAGAUCCUGGCAUGUUGUACUCCAGGUGAACAACAACAAGGGUCAGCAUCCCAUCCGGAGGUACAAGCGAAUCUUAAUUCAGGAUUUCGAGGGGCAAUAA